CGGGCGGGCCCCGGAAUUGUCAUUUCUUUGUUUCCGAAGGCGGAGGAGGCUCUGAGCCCCCCCCCCCCUCCCCGUCCCACCCCCUCCCCCCGGGUGCUGGCUCCAUGUCUGUGUGACCGGCCCCAGGGGUAGAGUCCAGGCCCGACGCGGGGCGGGCCGGCGGCGGCGGCGGCGGCGGCGGCUGAGGUGAGAGACGGCGGCGGAGGCGGCGCGGGCACCCGGCCCCCCAGCGGGAGGAUGAAGCGGCGGAACGCCGACUGCAGUAAGCUCCGCCGCCCCCUAAAGCGGAAUCGGAUCACCGAGGGCAUCUACGGCAGUACAUUUUUGUACCUGAAGUUCCUGGUAGUGUGGGCACUUGUCCUCCUGGCCGAUUUUGUCCUGGAGUUCAGAUUUGAAUACCUGUGGCCAUUUUGGCUUUUCAUCAGGAGCGUCUAUGAUUCCUUCAGAUACCAGGGGCUGGCCUUCUCAGUAUUUUUUGUUUGUGUAGCAUUCACGUCAAAUAUAAUAUGUCUGCUGUUCAUCCCCAUACAAUGGCUUUUUUUUGCUGCUAGCACCUAUGUGUGGGUUCAGUACGUAUGGCACACAGAAAGGGGAGUGUGUUUGCCCACGGUGUCCCUCUGGAUACUCUUUGUUUAUAUUGAAGCAGCGAUUAGAUUUAAAGAUCUCAAAAAUUUUCAUGUAGACCUUUGUCGUCCCUUUGCUGCUCACUGCAUUGGGUACCCUGUGGUGACUUUGGGCUUUGGCUUCAAAAGUUACGUAAGCUACAAAAUGCGGUUAAGGAAGCAAAAGGAAGUGCAGAAAGAGAACGAAUUUUACAUGCAGCUUCUUCAACAAGCCCUCCCUCCGGAGCAACAGAUGCUCCAGAAGCAAGAAAAAGAAGCCGAGGAAGCAGCCAAAGGAUUGCCUGAUAUGGAUUCCUCGAUCCUUAUACACCACAACGGAGGUAUUCCAGCCAACAAAAAACUCUCCACAACUUUGCCAGAGAUAGAAUACCGAGAAAAAGGGAAAGAAAAGGACAAGGAUGCCAAAAAACACAAUCUUGGAAUAAAUAACAACAAUAUUCUACAACCUGUAGACUCGAAAAUACAAGAAAUUGAGUAUAUGGAAAACCAUAUCAAUAGUAAAAGAUUAAAUAAUGAUCUUGUGGGAAGUACAGAAAAUCUCUUGAAAGAGGACUCAUGCACUGCUUCCUCAAAAAAUUACAAAAAUGCCAGUGGAGUUGCGAACUCCUCACCUCGCAGUCAUAGCGCCACAAAUGGGAGCAUUCCUUCCUCAUCUAGUAAAAACGAGAAGAAGCAAAAAUGCACUAGCAAGAGCCCAAGUGCUCACAAGGACUUAAUGGAAAACUGUAUUCCUAAUAACCAGCUAAGCAAGCCAGACGCACUGGUGAGGCUGGAACAAGAUAUUAAAAAGUUAAAGGCUGAUCUGCAGGCCAGCAGACAAGUGGAACAGGAGCUCCGCAGCCAGAUCAGCUCCCUCUCCAGCACCGAGCGAGGGAUCCGCUCAGAGAUGGGCCAGCUCCGGCAGGAGAACGAGCUGCUGCAGAACAAAUUACAUAAUGCUGUGCAAAUGAAGCAAAAAGACAAGCAGAAUAUCAGCCAGCUGGAGAAAAAGCUAAAAGCUGAGCAGGAAGCCCGAAGUUUUGUAGAAAAGCAGUUAAUGGAGGAGAAAAAAAGGAAGAAGUUAGAAGAAGCCACUGCUGCCCGGGCUGUUGCAUUUGCUGCUGCAUCAAGGGGGGAGUGCACCGAAACCUUACGGAAUCGGAUCAGAGAAUUAGAAGCAGAGGGCAAGAAGCUCACGAUGGACAUGAAGGUGAAAGAAGACCAGAUCAGAGAACUAGAACUGAAAGUUCAGGAGCUUCGGAAGUAUAAGGAAAAUGAGAAGGACACUGAGGUGUUAAUGUCAGCCCUCUCGGCCAUGCAAGACAAAACACAGCACCUGGAGAACAGUCUGAGCGCAGAGACGAGAAUCAAGCUGGACCUGUUUUCUGCACUGGGGGACGCAAAGCGACAGCUCGAGAUCGCCCAAGGACAAAUUCUUCAGAAAGACCAGGAAAUCAAGGACCUUAAACAGAAGAUAGCCGAAGUCAUGGCCGUCAUGCCCAGCAUAACGUACAGCGCCACGACCAGCCCCCUGAGCCCCGUUUCCCCCCACUACUCUUCCAAAUUUGUGGAGACCAGCCCCUCCGGACUUGAUCCCAAUGCCUCUGUUUACCAGCCCCUGAAGAAAUGAAGGCCAGCUGUGGCUUUUGCCCAGCCAUUUGGUUACCAGAAGGCAUCACAAAGGAGCGUCUCUGGCAGUCAAGAUAAAAAAAAAAAAAAAAAAAAAAAAAAAAAAAAAAAAAAAAGUUUAUAUUGUAUUUUGUGGGACUGUAUAUGUUGUCAUUUUUAAAAAGGGGGGAAAGAUAACAUCCAAGUCUGAUUAGAACUGCCCAUCAGUUUUUCUUGUAAAUUUUUAGAAGACCUCACAGAACUUUGCAGUUUAUUUUUCUCGGCCAACACAUUAAAACCAUUCUUGGAUUUCAA